CACACACACACACACACACACCCCCCAAAAACAAAAAAAAAAAAAAAAAAAAGAAAAAGAAAGAAAAGAGCAAGAAGAGAUACUCAUCCCUGGUGUUUGCUCUCACACAGUCGAGUAAUCUCUCCUGACGUGACCUUCUCUGUUCGGUCUGCUUGUUUCUCUGCGUUCUACCAAACACAAUGGCCGACAACGCCCCACCAGCCACCUCUUCGUCCCUCCCUCCUCCUCCACAGGCACCUGCAGGCGCUCCCGGCCAGCAGCAGUUCGACAAGGCUCAGGGGAACGGCCAGGGAAACCCUUCACACAUGCCACCUCCGCCGCUGCCGCCCGUCGUGAUCCCCCAAAACACCAACCCAAUCCCUACUGCCAUCACCUCUCCCAUGUCUGGCAACAUGAUGUCACCGACCAGCGCUGGUGGCUACGUGCGUCGAGCCGCUCCCGAGCCAAACAAGCGUGCCUUGUAUGUUGGUGGUCUCGACCCACGUGUGACCGAGGAUAUCCUGCGACAGAUUUUUGAAACAACUGGCCACGUCCAGAGUGUGAAGAUUAUCCCCGACAAGAAUAGCAAGGGAUUGAACUACGGCUUUGUUGAGUACGACGAUCCAGGUGCCGCAGAACGCGCAAUGCAGACUCUCAACGGCCGUCGCGUCCACCAGUCUGAAAUCCGUGUCAACUGGGCUUAUCAGUCGAACAACGCGAACAAGGAGGACACCUCCAACCACUUCCACAUAUUUGUUGGCGAUCUGAGUAAUGAAGUGAACGACGAAGUUCUGCUUCAGGCCUUCUCUGCCUUUGGCUCUGUCUCCGAGGCCCGUGUUAUGUGGGAUAUGAAGACCGGUCGCUCCCGUGGUUACGGUUUUGUCGCUUUUCGCGAACGUGCUGAUGCUGAAAAGGCCUUGAGCUCCAUGGAUGGUGAAUGGUUGGGUUCUCGUGCGAUUCGCUGCAACUGGGCCAACCAGAAGGGUCAGCCUUCGAUUUCCCAGCAGCAGGCCAUGGCCGCAAUGGGCAUGACGCCGACCACUCCUUUCGGCCAUCAUCAUUUCCCUACACAUGGUGUCCAGAGCUAUGACAUGGUCGUCCAGCAAACCCCUCAGUGGCAGACUACGUGCUACGUCGGAAAUCUGACCCCUUACACCACUCAGAACGACCUUGUUCCGUUGUUCCAGAACUUUGGCUACGUCGUCGAAACUCGAUUCCAGGCCGAUCGGGGAUUUGCAUUUGUCAAGAUGGAUACUCAUGAGAAUGCUGCCAUGGCUAUCUGCCAGCUCAACGGCUACAACGUCAAUGGGCGACCGCUGAAGUGCAGUUGGGGCAAAGACCGCCCUCCAACUGGCCAAUUUGACUAUUCUCCUCAGCAAGGUGCUAACCCAGGCUUUAAUUCCGGUACCUCCCCAUACUUCCCCCAAUAUGGUGGUCCUGGUGGGCCUAUGACCCCUCAAGGUCCUAAUCCUGCCGGCCGUGGCUGGGAUCAGUCUGGCGCCAACUUUGGCCCUGGAAUGCCCGGCCAGGGCUAUGGCCAAGUUCCCGGAGGUGCUGCUGGGUACGGCCGUGGCCAGAACAAUCCCGGAUCGGGAUGGGCUCAGCCCAAUGCUGGCAACUUCGGCAACGGCUUUGGAGGCUAUCAAGCUUAAUCACGCUCGAAAUCUCGCACCUAACGAUAACCACUAGUAAUGCCAUCUUCAAUCACUCCCUGUCCUGGGUUGUCAUCUAUAAUCCGUUUUAUCAUGAAGAACCCGUAUUACUGGUAUUUUCCUCCUUUUCCUUUUUGCCCCUUUCUUUGCUUUUUGGUUCCUACUAUUAUUCAACGAGUGUGUCUUUGAAAUUUUUCUUUUGAUGGUUCGUCAUCGAGAUUUCCCUAAGUAUUUUUUCCAAAUUGCUCGAUCCAAGUGGGCUCUUGCGAGAGUUUUCAUUCUGCUUUCUAUGUUCCGUUUAGUAUUGGCCGUUUUCGAAUGAAAUUCUCUUCCUGUCUAAUUAAACGAACAAUACCCCUUGGAUUUAUUCGAUGUCAUCAUUCAAGAUUGUUCUCGAAAUCUCCUUAUUAUGACUUGCAGUUCUAAGAUGCUAUGCGUUUUUCUCACUGGGAAUUUGGUGCUAUAAUUUCUUCCUCUCUGGCUCUUUUGUUAUUUCCCCAUGAGCGCCUUAGGAUUGAUUGAAAAGCGAAAAGUAUCUUAUGAUUUCCGAG